AUGAAUUUUAACGCUUCUAGAAAUGUCAGCCUUUCUGGCGGUCCAAGAAAGGCAAAACGAGUUAGUGAUGUUUCUGCCAUGGGAGCGCCUUCACCGGCUCCACAAUUUAGCCCCAAUCCAAUGUAUAAUCCAGGCUACCCACCAGCUGGACCUCCUCCACCAUAUCAAGAGGGAAUACAGUUAGAUCAUGGACAAAAUUUUGCACCAUCCGAGCCUGCAGGAAAUUUUGGGUAUUCAGGUGGUUUUGCUCCUACACCAAUGGCAUCACCAGCACAGAUUGGUUCUUUUUUGCAACAACCUGCUGUACAGGAUAUGGCACUACAGUAUGGUAACCAGCUUGCCGCUCAGGGUCGGGAAGCAGUACAGAGGGAGCUUGGCCGCUAUGUUCCUGUAUCCCGACUCCGGUAUUACUUUGCUGUCGACACUCGCUAUGUCAUCAAAAAAUUAAUGCUUAUUAUGUUUCCCUACACACACAAGGAAUGGAUGGUGAAAUACGAUCAGGAUACACCCGUACAACCACGUUACGAUAUCAACGCCCCGGACCUUUACAUACCCUCCAUGGGCUAUGUCACUUAUGUGCUGCUAGCUGGCUUUAUGCUCGGCCUCCAGAACCGAUUUUCUCCAGAACAAAUUGGCAUUCAAGCAUCAAGUGCUCUCGCGUACAUAAUCUUCGAAAUGAUCCUGUACUUAGUUACUCUAUAUAUAACCAAUACCACAACGAAUCUGAAGACCCUGGACUUACUGGCCUACUCAGGCUAUAAAUAUAUCAUCAUGAUAGGGAGUCUUCUUGGUGGUUUGAUGCUAGGCAAGACCGGAUACUAUUGCAGUUUGCUAUAUAGCAGUUUUGCCUUGUCCUAUUUUUUGGUAAAAACACUCAGACUUCAACUUCUAUCAGGCUCACAGGCUCCGGAACAAGCAACAUACGGAUAUCCAGCCUCAUACAGCUCACCAAACCCAUACGCAGACAACUGGUCAAAACCAACAGGUGGUGGCACCAAACGAAGAGUGUACUUCCUUCUAUUUGUUGCUAUCACCCAACCAUUACUAUCCUGGUGGUUAACCUACCACUUAGUCCCUAACCCCAUUGUCGAGCCGCUACCCCCACCAGCUCGAUAG